UCUCAUAUUUAUUUUAUUAUUUUCCUCAAUUUCCUUGUCACUCACUGAGGUUUCAUUCCCGCUGCAAUUUUGGCGGCAAAUGUUGAAGGAGCUUCAUGCAACUGAAACAUCGUCAUCAAUGGCGGAUGAGCCGCAACUCAUCAAGCCCAUAGGGAAGUCCGUCGUGCACAGAAUCUGCGCCGGCCAAGUCAUCCUCGACCUCUCCUCCGCCGUCAAGGAGCUCGUUGAGAACAGCCUCGACGCCGGCGCCACUGCCGUCGAGAUAGUUCUCAAGGACUUCGGCGAAGAUUCUUUCCAGGUCAUCGAUAAUGGUUCCGGCAUUUCCCCAAACAAUUUCAAGGUUCUUGCUUUGAAGCAUCAUACUUCAAAAUUGGCAGAUUUUCCUGAUCUUGAGUCUUUGACUACUUUUGGAUUCAGAGGUGAGGCACUGAGUUCGCUAUGUGCUUUGGGGAAUUUGAGCGUCGAGACAAGAACGAAGAAUGAGACAGUUGCAACGCACUUGACUUUUGACCAUUCCGGUCUGUUAGUUGCUGAGAAGAAGACUGCUCGCCAAGUUGGAACCACUGUCACAGUUAAGAAGUUGUUCUCGAAUCUUCCAGUUCGAAGCAAGGAAUUUAGCCGUAACAUACGCAAGGAAUAUGGCAAGCUGGUUUCUCUGUUGAAUGCAUAUGCCCUUAUUGCAAAAGGCGUUCGCUUUGUCUGCACCAAUACAACUGGGAAAAAUGUAAGGUCUGUGGUGCUUAAGACGCAAGGAAGUAACUCUCUUAAAGAUAACAUCAUCACGGUGCUUGGCAUGAAUACUUUCAGCUGCUUAGAACCAUUGACAAUAUGUAUAUCAGAUGGUUGCAAAGUUGAUGGUUUCAUCUCUAGGCCUGGGCAGGGUAGUGGACGGAAUUUGGGAGAUAGGCAGUAUCUUUUUGUGAAUGGUAGACCGGUGGAUAUGCCUAAAAUCAGCAAACUUGUCAACGAGUUAUAUAAAGGUGCAAACCCUAAACAAUAUCCCAUUGCAAUAUUGAAUUUUACCAUUCCUACAAGAGCAUAUGAUGUCAAUGUAACUCCUGAUAAAAGAAAAAUAUUUUUUUCUAAAGAAAGUGCCAUACUGCAAGCCCUGCGAGAGGGAUUACAACAAACUUAUUCUCCAAGUAAUGUCUCUUAUUCUGUUAAUAAAGUUGAGAAGCCGGAUGUCAAAGAAGACUGCAUUGAGUUGGGUUCUUCUCAUAGGAAAUCUCUUAUCAUAACAAAACCGUCAUCUCCAAAUAGUAGUCUUCCUGAGGAAGAACAUAAUAUUGAUUGUGAUGAUGAUGGUACUUCCCAGGAUGAGCACAAGGAGAAGAAUAAUACUGAGUGCAACAAUGAUAAAAUUUCUGAUGAUGAGCGUGAGGCGAGGCAUAUUACCGAUUCCAACAAUUUUGCUCAAUCUGUUAGUGGUGGUCAGGGGUCUCAUGUUGAAGCACUGAAAAUUCCUAACACUGAUAGAAGUAUAGUGGGCCAAGAAUUUACCCUUAGAGCACACAUCUCUUUAAAGGAUGACAAGAGUAGAAGACAGUUGACACACACUGGUAGUAUUAUGCCUGAUCAAGUUGCGGAUGUCUCAAGGCGAGUUGAGAGUGGGACCACUUCUAACAAAUAUUCGGCCAACCAAUCAAGACAUGUUCAGUCAACUCUUAACAAAUUUGUUUCUGUGAAUAAAAGAAGUCAUGAUGACAUCAUUACAGCCUUAUCUGAAGUACCUGUUCUUAGAAAUAAAGCUCCUCAGUGUCACCUCAGGACUGCAAAUGCUGAAACAAAUGACUCUAUUCCUAGAUCUGUUUAUUUUGACCAAAUUGAUGGAAAUGCUAAGGAGAUUGAGAUUGACUCUUUGCAGAAACUUAAUCCUGAUGACGUCAUCCACAAAAGUGAAAAUUCUGUUAGAAGUGACUGUACUGAUGGAGUGUGUAAAAUGGAAUUAGAUCAAGAGAAUAAUAAAGCUGAAAAAGCACCAAUAGCUCCUUCUAGCAAUGAUUUGAUCAAGACUACAGAUCAUACUUUAAACUCAGAUCCUCCAUUAUGUUCAGCUUCUGUACGGUUAGAUUCUUCUAAGUCUUCUGCUAAGAAGAUGUUCUCCAGCCUGCAAUUUUCCUUUCAGGACAUUAAGAAAAAGAGAGAGAAGAGGCUUGCUAUGUUGCAAUCCAGUGAAUAUAGAUGCAGAAAAAAUAGCAGCAAAAGUUGCUAUGCCGCUGCAACUUUAGAGCUUUCACAACCAGAAAUUGAAGAUCAGAAAGAAAGGGUUUUAGCUGCAGCAACUAUUGAGUUGGAAAGAUUUUUCAAGAAGGAAGACUUCAGUAGAAUGAAGGUGAUCGGCCAAUUCAAUCUUGGAUUUAUCAUAGCUAAAUUGGAUCAAGAUUUAUUUAUUGUAGACCAGCAUGCUGCUGAUGAGAAAUACAAUUUUGAGCGUCUCUCACAGUCAACCAUCUUGAACCAGCAGCCUUUACUUAGGCCAAUCAAAUUGGAGCUAUCCCCUGAAGAAGAAAUAGUUGCUACAAUGCAUAUGGACAUAAUCAGGAAGAAUGGCUUUACUUUGAUAGAAGAUCUAAAUGCACCACCUGGCUGCCGUUAUAAAUUAAAGUCCAUCCCUUUCAGUAAAAAUAUAGCCUUUGGAGUUGAAGAUGUGAAGGAGCUGAUUUCUACCCUGUCUGAUGAUCACGGGGAAUGUGACAUUGUUGGUAGUUAUAAAAUGGAUACAUCAGAUUCUCUUUGCCCGUCAAGAGUUCGCGCAAUGUUGGCAUCGCGUGCUUGUCGAUCAUCAAUCAUGAUUGGUGAUUCACUUGGAAGAAAUGAAAUGCAGAAGAUACUUGAGCAUUUGGCUGAGCUGAAAUCUCCAUGGAAUUGUCCCCAUGGCCGGCCAACCAUGCGGCAUCUAGUCGACUUGACAACAGUUCAUAAAAGGUCAGAAGUCAGAACUGAAAAUGCAGACUUAACAAUGGACUGAAUCUCUAAACUCCCAUUGCCAUAUUGGUUUAGUUCAGGGAGUUAUGUAACUUAUUUUUUGUACAAAAUUCUUGUUUACUAAUCUUUACUGUAAAAUUUAAUGAGGGGUCUAUCUUGAGUUUUUUUUUUUUUUCUUUUUCUUUUUGACAUUAGUAUGCUUGAUGGCUGAUGCUAUGCUUCUUAGUUCUUACUUUGAUGAUAGUUUCUGCAGUAGCUGCAUAACUUCUCAAUUGGCAUCUGUAAA